AUGAAGAACCCGAUCAAGACCAAGAAGCUUCGAAAGUUGACAAAGACACGGGAAUCACAAAGACUUGAAAGUCUCUUCGAGCUCUCAGAGGAAAUAGCUGAAAAGUCUGGAAGAUGGAUAUAUGCCCAGCUCCUGCGCGGUAUGCGAUAUAUAUGGUGGGAUACCGACCGAGAUAUCUUCCUACAAUGGGCACAAUCCAUCAUCGAGACGGAGAUACGCCUACGCGAAACUACUCAACGCGAGUCCUACCUCAAAGAAUUAAUCCAAUCUCAACAAUCAUACCGCACCGUCGACGAGAAGUCUCGUUUAGAGGCACUAAUUGAAGAACUCAUAUCCUUGGAUCGUGACUACCGAAACCUUGAACGGUCUUACGUUGCUGUGAUUGCGAAAUGUCCAGAGGGGUCGAUGAAAAGCGUCUAUCUAUCAUUUCGAAGACAACCACAGUGGCAUAUGAUGAGUCAGUGGCUUCGUCAGGAUUGUGCGAAUCGAGGUGGAUGCUGUGGCCGGGCAUGUCAAUGCUGUGAGAAUCUGCCCGAUCCUCGUCGGGUGAACGGACGUGGUCAUUGUACUGAGCAAUGUGGCUGUUGUCACCGUGCACGCGGAUUCUCGGUAACAGAGGAGGAUCGGGAGCGCAUGAAUCCUCGCUUUGAUCUCACUGUUUACCCGCGGACAGCUUAUAGUCGGGAAAUGUUCCUUGCUCAUAUCUGGUCACUUCUCUAG